AAUGGGUAAUAAUGUGUCCCUGCCAACGGAUAAGAAAAUAUCAAAAGUUGAAGGAAUCGAUCAUUUCUUUAUCGAUUUAGACCUAAGUGAUAGGAGAGUUGUUUAUGAUUAUUUAUUGGAGAAAAAAUUAUGUAAAGAUUUGAAUGGAAAAUGGGAAUUUAACGAUUAUAAGGUGAUACCUCAUAAGAAUUUAAAGAAGAAACUGCAAAUAGCUCUGAUCCAUGCUGGCUUGAACAGCCUUGAUACAUUUGAAAAGAGAGUACCUAAGACUGGUGAACAGACUGGUGAAAAGAAAAAAUCGUCGUCAGAACGUCUCCAAUCAUCGACUUCAAAACGAAAAGAGUGUUUAUUACCAAAAGGAUGCGACGAGGAGGGAUACGAUGACAUGUUUAAGAAUAUUCAACUUAAUACGGCUUCUGGAUGUGCACCAUUUGGAGUUAUUCCAAUUUAUAAGGAAGGAGAAGUCAUUUCUGGAAAAGUUUACCUAAAAACAAAUAAGAAUAUUGAUCUAGAAACUUUACAAGUUCAGUUGUAUGGAUCCGCAGAAAUAGCUGACACAAUUUCUUUAGAAGCUAUGUCUUUCGACAUUGCGAGGAAGGAUGUUUUAUUAGACAUUUCAAAAGAACUUUGGAAUAAAAAGGAUGAAACUUUUACGAAUAUGAAUGAAAAGAGUCCAGGGAUUAAUUCAAGCAAGUGUCUAGCAGCAGGUGAUUAUGAAUGGCCUUUUUCUUUUAAACUGAGUGGAACCAAUAUACAGCCAUCCAUUCCUCAUCUAUCCGAUACAAAUGAAUCAUUUUUCUUUAUACAUUAUUUUGUUAAAGCUAGUUUGAAUAAAGGGAAUUGCUGUGGUCGUGGAAAUAUAGCAACUCAUCAGGGAAUAUGGCUAACAAAAGAUUUCGAUGUAGCUACCGACAAAGAAAAUUUGUUGAAAGUUUCCGAGAAGAAGAAUCAAAAAACUGGAAUUUUAAAUGAUGGAUUUAUUGAUGUUGAAGCAAGUAUUCCCAAAAGAGGAUAUGUUGCGGGAGAGAGUAUACCAAUCAACAUUGAAAUUGAUAAUAAAAGUGGAGAAACUAUUCAAGGCGUAAUCGCUAAGGUACGAUUAAGUGGAAAAUUUCGAACAGAUACCUCAGCAAUUUGCGUGGAAUGUCCUGUUAAAUUAGAGUCCGAUCCUAUAGUGUUUGGUUCUAUUGCAUCUGGAGAAUCUCCUAAUCUUCUUCACAACAUAGGACGACUAGUUGCAUACUUUAGUUUGAAAAAAUUAGGUAAAAUUAUGCCUAAGAAAGGUAAAGGAGAUUCUAAGGGAGCUAAAGGUGCAUCUGGAGGUGAAGCCAGCGGUGGUAAGGAGAAGAAAGGCGGAAACUCUGUUAAAGUUCGCCAUAUUCUCUGUGAGAAACAGUCGAAGGUGUUGGAAGCUAUGGAAAAGCUUAAAAGUGGAAUGAAAUUUAAUGAAGUUGCUGCUACAUAUAGUGAAGAUAAAGCAAGAAGUGGUGGAGAUUUGGGAUGGAUGAUAAGAGGUGGAAUGGUAGGACCUUUUCAAGAUGCCGCUUUUGCUCUCCCCAUAAGUAAUUUGAAUAAUCCUGUGUAUACAGACCCUCCUGUUAAAACAAAAUUCGGUUAUCAUAUUAUAAUGGUCGAAGGAAAGAAAUGA